CCUUUGAAGCGGAAGAUGCGAAAAGGGACCCACAGCUGUUCUGAGUGUAAAAGGCGUGAGGUGAAAUGCAUUUUUAUUGCUGGCCAAGAAAGGUGUAAAGAAUGUCACUUUCGAGGAAGCAACUGCGUUAAACAAUGUCCCGGCACUGCAAACAUGUCAGCCAAGAGAACAAAGAGCAUGCAAGAGCGGAUUUCAGAACUAGAGGCACUUAUUCAAACCCUUCGUGCAGAGCGGGGGACCGAUUCAUCAGCAAAUCAGUCACAGAUUUACGUUGAUGAUAUCGAGUGUUUGAUCCUUGUAGCAGCCGACAAUUCACCGGAAGCCAAUCUACCCCCUCUGAUGCGACUGUUCGAUAAUGAUGUAGUGCGUAUUCAAAAAAAAUCAUAUCACUUUAUUGCCCCUGUAAAUGACCAGGUCAUAGAUGAUACGAAUUCUCACUCUGGUGGUCCAUCAACUCCUAGUAGCCUUGUUGAAACCACAGAAAAUGGAUCUUGUAGCGAAGGAACACCAAGGAGUGCUGAAAGCAAAGCCCGGACCAAUCCAAAGACUUCGAAAGACCAACGUACCCGAGAAAAGUUGUUGGAAUGCAUGUAUUUUGGCGAUAGGCUAGAUGACUUGCUUCAGAAAAACGAACAGCGAUGGAUCACCUGGCGCACCCGUAUUCUUGCCCAUCCUCCAAAUGAAUCUUUUACAAACUGGAGCAAGAGAGUUAUCCAUUAUGGAUCACCAUCUGAUCUUGGCGCACUCAUCUUGCUCAUAGGCACUGGAUCAGACCGAAAGAACUCGCAGAGUUUGAUCCCUCCAGUCGCGACUUUGAUCACCUCUGACGAUGGCUAUGCUACUACCUUGUCUGGAAUCGAAUGCUCACUUCUGCUCUCCGACUAUUAUUGCAGCAUUGGGCAACCAAGGAGAGCUUGGUUAGCCAUUCAGAGAGGAUUAGCAUGUGCUCGAUUAACUGGUAUACACCGCCGCAGCUCCUCGCUAAUGGCAAGUGGAAUAAUGCUACUACUGCACUACGAGAAUCAGUUUCUGAGCCUUAUGCUGGGGACGCCGCGUGGCAUAGACUUUCAUUGUAACAUCGAAUACGCAAAAGAAGAUGUCAGGUUCUUCAAAUCCGCGCUAGGAGCUGUUUGCAGUAAGUUCUUGAUCGGAACACAAGAUCAACGGGAGCCUUCUCUAUCAUUAGUCCUUGAACUCAACCAGCAGCUCCAAGCCCUGGCUCUGGCCAUACCAAAGGUAUGGAAACAAUCGCAGUUGAAACAUUCGAAGCCAGCAGAAUUGUUGUUGCCUGAUGUCGAUCAAGACAAGGUUCUGAUCCAGAUACACAUACAACAACUGCGGACAUAUUUGUAUCUGCCAUUGAUGCUUGGCUCAGGCGCCACUCAAAAUUUACCUACUUCCAUGUAUGAGGUGAGUCGGAUAGCUUGUCUCGAGUCCUCAAGGGAGCUACUGGGACUCUACCAGUUCCUGCAUCAACAGUCUCUAUUCGAGAAUACACUUCUAGACUUCAUGGGCUUCUCAGCAGCAAUGUUGAUAAUUCUCAACCUACUUGGCUGUCCCAAAUUUAGAAUGGAGGAUGAGUGUUCUAUACGAACGAGCAAUCAAGACGAGCAAGAUUGGGACUUUGUUGAAACGACUGUCACCAUAUUAGACGACCGAGCGAAAAGUCACGAUAGUAAAGUCAUCAGACAAAGCCUGGAAGUCUUGCGCGCGUUAUCUGGUGCCCGAGAUCCCGCUUACCUCGUAUAUCCAGGAUGCAAAUAUCGUCUUGUAGUUCCGUUCUUCGGCGAUAUCCUAGCGCAACCAGGU